CGCACGCGCGAGGGCACUGAAACUAUUCCAGCGCUUUAAGUUGGCAGAAAGUUGAGCAGGAGAGGAGAAAGAAGAGAAGGCAGCGCGAAGAAAAUGGCAUUUCGUAGGAGAAGCAAGAGCUACCCCUUCUUCAGCCAGGAAUUCCUCAUCCAGAACCAUGCCGACAUCGUCUUUUGUUUGGUGGUUUUGAUUUUAAUUGGGCUCAUGUUUGAGGCAACUGCAAAAACCGCUUUCCUGUUUAUCCUUCCUCAGUACAAUACUACCGCAUUUUCUCCAGAUGGAGAGGUGUCCUUUUAUUACUAUGGCUGGAGGGACUGCGUCACUAUCUUCUUCUAUGUCCUCAUUGUCAUCAUCCUCCAUGCUGUGGUGCAGGAGUACGUGCUCGAUAAAGCCAGCCGACGCCUCCACCUUUCAAAAAGUAAAAAUACCAAGUUCAACGAGUCAGGCCAGCUCUGUGUGUUCCACUCGGUGUCUGCUGCAUGGAGUCUCUACAUCCUUGUCACGGAAGGAUAUAUCCUACACCUCAGCAGCCUGUGGGAAAACUACCCACAUGUCCACCUCAGGUUCCAGGUGAAGUUUUUCUACCUCUUCCAGCUGGCAUACUGGUUCCACACAUUACCUGAACUCUACUUCCAGAAAGUGAGAAAGGAGGAAAUUCCUCGUCAGCUGACGUACAUCUCCCUGUACCUGCUCCACAUCACAGUGGCCUACCUGUUGAAUUUGACCCGAGUGGGUUUGGUGCUGCUCUUCUUGCAGUAUCUGUCAGAGAUGGGCUUCCACAUCUCCAGGCUCUUCUACUUCAUUGAUGAGAGCCACCACAAGCUGUUUGACAUGUGGGCCCUGAGUUUUGUGUUCACCCGCAUGGUGAUCCUUACCCUGACCGUUCUGGUGGUGGGAUUCGGCCUCGCAAGGGUGGACAGCCAGGGCUUCGACUGGGAAGCCGGGAACUUUAAUAUCAGUCCGAUCAGCAGGUUGGCUGUCCUCCUCAUUGUGUGUCUGACCCAGGCCUGGCUGUUGUGGAGGUUCAUCCGCUUCCAGCUGCGCCGCUGGCGGGAGUACAGACGUGAGCAUCCAGCCCAUAAGAGGCCCGCUGCCAAGCUGCCCCUGCGCACCCUCAAACGCGACACUGGAGGGCACCACGAGAAUGGCAUGAUCAAGGCUGAGAACGGAGCAUCUCCACGGACAAAGAAAAUCAAGGCACCUUAACCUUUGCAUCCUCCUCUGGCCAGACCUGGCUGUGCCUUAUGAACAAAAUAGGACACCAGUUAUUGCUGGCAUUCUUGCCCAGACAUCCAAAGACCAAUUGGGUGCCAGAUCUCUGAGGAAUGGGUUCCCACGUUGGGAGUGGCAUCCAAACCUCCCCGAAGCCUGAAUGGUAUUUCAUUCUCUCAUCAGUAUUUUUUUAAGCUUGCGCUGCCCGGCUGCUCCAUAGCUCUUGCCAGUAGCCCUUGUGUGCCUCGUUCUGUAUGUUGUCAUUUCAGUCAGCGUUGGUGAUUUUUGUCAUUGUAUGCACUUCUUCCCACAACCACCCUCACCCUAACACACACUAAGAGCAGGAAUAAAGGGACCAUUCACCAUGGUGUCCCUCCACAUGUCCAGCAUUGAUCAUGUCCAGCUUCAGAUGUAUUUUAAGGCUCUACCACCCUAGGCUCUCUCUCUCUCUCUCUCUCUCUCUGUCUCUCUCUCUCCUGUGUGGCUUCUCAGAAACAUCUGUAGCCUCUGUUUGAACAAGCCAAAGACCCUCUGGAGUUCCAGCCACUUCAAUGACCACCAGGACAAGGCUAUCAUUUAUAACACUCGCUGUGAUUGAUGUGCUUUGUCAAGUUUGAAAGCAAAUUUGCAAUGCAGUACAAACUAUCAUUGAACUGUAUCAUCAGGUAUUGAAAAGAUCUGUGAUUACUUUAACUGAAUAAGCACCUUUUCAAAGCCUCUCAUACGAAUUAUAUGAAUGUGUUAUAUAGAAAAGGUACUCGGAAAUCAGUUGUUUCAAAACUCAGUGUAUUUUGAAUCCGUGACUGCAUUAGUUUCCAAUCUGUGCAUAGACAAACACUCACUGUUUUCCAUCAAAGUUAAAAAAACAUAAAAUUGUGUUUUCUCAUUAAUUUCUGACAAAAGGGAUUACUAUUCACACAGUGAUCAGCUGUAAGCUUAAGACAAUAGAAUAUUUUUAUAUUGGUUGUUCUGGAUAUAUGCUAUGUGACAUAAAAACUGUUAAGGAUUUUCUGAGGAUAUGUGUGUAGAAAGCUUGACUACUGUACUGUGAUGUUUACUGAGCUGCAGGGGUAUCCAAGUCUCAAUAACCUAAAACCUGCACACAGUUAAUUUGUGUUUCAAGAGAUAUGAGAUUGGAGGGAAAAAGACUACAAUCUCCUCAAAAUGCACCAGUUCCCCAGAAUUGUACUUUGAAUUAAUUCCGGAUUUUUAGUUUUCACCAUUUUUUUUCAAAAUAUAAGAAAGCAAUUAUAAUGGUAGGGCCAUCUAUUUAUUUCUUAACAUUCUUUUUGUCUGGUUUCAAACCCUCUUGGAUUCUUCAUGCUUAGAGAAGACUUCAAUUCUUUUAACUAUUAAUGAAAGCUGUCAGAUGUUGUGUAUUAGCUGUAAGUGGUUUUAUAUACAUACCAAGGUGAAGGUUUGCUCGAAGUUUGAAAGGAGGAUCUGCAGAUCUCGUUACGGGUCAUAUUUACGUGACCUUUCAUUUGCUUUUUGUGUGUUUCUAGG